AUGGAUACCUCGAAUGUGACGGGAACCCCCUUGGAAUCUUUCGUCAUCUUAACACCAAGACUCAUUAUCCUUCCCACACCGCACGCCAUCUCAUUAAUAUCCUACCGAAGGCUUUAUGCAUCACUCCACGCAGAUAAAGGUUUCUGCGAAAUGGCCUUUGGGGUUCAUUUCCCGCCUAGGCAAUGGAGCGACGAUGAAACCCGUGAUGUGAUUCAGACACGCGAUAUUAUGCGAUGCUGGAAAAUACGCGGCAUGGGUGACUUUGCCGUUGGUCUACGCCCGCCCGAGAUCUCAAUGGGAUCCAGCAACGAUAGCGAGAUUCUGGAAGGAGAUGAUUUCGAAGGAAAUUCCCGUCUAAACAUCCAGACUUUGAAUGACAUCGUCUGGGUUGGCUACGCUGGUGUCCGUGAUGGAACUACAACGUCGAUUCCACCACGAGAGGCCGAUGAUCCACCCCUUCCACCAUGGAACGAAAUGGUUGAGAUUCGCUAUGGCGUCUCGCCUAUGUACUGGGGUAAUGGAAUUGCGAAGGAGGCAGCAGAAGCUGUCAUUCACUGGGCUGUGAAGGCGCGAGGUGUGACGAGGUUUAUUGCCGAGACGGAGAGGCCUAACAAGAGGAGCGCUAGAGCUUUGGAGAAGCUUGGGUUUACUCGAAGUGGUACGAAUUAUUGGAAACAACCUAGUGAGAUAGAGUGGGAGAGGAGACAAUAA